AUGCCUCUGUUGGAUAGACUCGGAAAUCGUGCGAGCGUGGCUAAGUCAAUCUCCAUCUCGAUGAAGACUUUCGUCGCCAAUCGGGUUGCCGCAAUUCAGUCGCUUUUUCCAGACGCGUCAUGGCGUCAUGUCCCGACGCAAACAAAUCCCGCCGACUGCGCCUCCCGAGGCCUCGCUCCAGACGAAUUGGCCACGCACAGCCUUUGGUGGUCCGGUCCCGCCUGGCUAAGACAGCUUCCUGAGUGCUGGCCGCCCUCCCGCAUCCCGGAACCGCCGUCAGACAAUCUCGAAGAACGCCCGGAGCGCUGCCUCAACGCGCUUCAUACCUCUCCCGGCUGGGACCUCUCCUCGCGCUUCUCUUCAUGGCCCAAACUUCUACGCGUUACCGCUUAUCUUUACCGGUUCUCAUCUAGGUGUCGGCCUUCCAAGCGCAGCGAAGGGCCCUCUACGUCCUUACGCGCGGGUGAGAUCAACCAAGCCAAAUUGCACUGGCUCAGAACUAUGCAGGCAGAUACGUUUCCCAGAGAGCUUUUGCAUUUAACUGAUCGAAAACCGAUGCCGAUCGCCAGUCCCUUAGCUUCACUCAAUCCCUACCUGGAUUCCGACGGGCUUAUUCGCGUCGGGGGACGGCUUCGUCACGCUUGCCUCCCCGGCUCGACUAAAAACCCCGUCGUCCUGCGAACGCACCCACUCCUAACUCUCCUUAUCGAGCAUCAUCACCUGAGAACGCUGCACGCCGGCUCGCGACUCACCCUCGCUUCUCUGCGAAGUGAAUUUUGGAUCCUCCGCGCUCGAAGUACCGUUCGCUCCGUGCUCCACAAGUGCGUCCGCUGCGUGCGAGAACGCGCCGAGAUACCGUUCGAGCUCAUGGGUGAUCUACCCGAUGCUAGAGUUAAUCGCGUGGCUAAGGCAUUUGCUCAUACCGGUGUCGAUUAUGCAGGUCCGAUCGCUACCCGAACCGCGCCCGGACGCGGGCACCAAUCUAAGAAAUCAUACGUCGCUUUAUUUGUCUGUCUAACGACGAAGACUGUUCAUUUAGAGCUCGUUAGCGAUUACAGCUCCUCUGCCUUUGUAGCAGCCUACCAACGUUUCGUCUCCCGCCGCGGACUACCGCACUCUAUGUACUCCGACAACGGAACCACCUUUCAAGGUGCCGACCGCGAACUAUCCGCAGCCUACGCGAAAGCGAUUCGCGAUCCGAACUUCAUAAAUCUACUCGCCACCGACCAAACCGCCUGGCAUUUUGUGCCCCCAGCUGCGCCGCAUUUUGGCGGCCUCUGGGAAGCUGCCGUCAAAAGUAUGAAACAUCAUUUGAAACGCUCUGUCGGCCUCCAUACCUUUACUUUCGAGGAAAUGACCACGCUUCUCUGCCGGAUUGAGGCUUGCCUAAAUUUGCGCCCCAUUGCACCCGUUUCCGACGAUAUCGACGAUUAUCAAGCCUUGACGCCUGGUCAUUUCCUCGUCGGCGCCGCUCUUAUUUCACCGCCCGAGCCCAGCGUGCUCAAUCUCAACGAGAACAGGCUUUCUCGUUGGCAAAUGAUCCAACGGUUAACCGAGGUUUUUUGGAGGCGCUGGUCAAGCGACUACUUGCUCACCCUUCAGCAGCGCCCGAAGUGGCGUGUCGCACAGCGACUCGCGCGAGUCGGCCAGAUCGUGCUACUACGCAACCCCUUGGCCCCUCCGAGCCACUGGGAGCACGGUCGCAUCACAGCCUGCCAUCCAGGCGAUGACGGCUUAACCCGUGUGGUCACCAUCAAGACAAGCCGUUCUGAAUACAAAAGGCCGAUCGUUAAACUAAGCUUUCUUCCCGUUGAAAUCAACACAGCCGAGUCGCGUGAGUCCGCUACGGCAGGCGGCACCGCCAAAUAA